AUGAUGGCUAUGUUGACUGUAAAGGAAUCGCCGGAAGAUGCCGUCAUGACGACCGAUUCUGCUGCUCAAAGCUUCAAUAUUACAUGCUCCGGUGCUAUGAACAUUGACCGCGACAACGGUUCGGAGGGCAGCGGCCUCGACGUCCAUCGCAUACCGUCACCCCAUCCUGGCACCCAGUCUACUCAGCAAAUCAACACCUUCAUCGUAGAUCAACAUUCCAAUCCCGAACCCACCAAUACCACAGGCCAAAGCCCUAACACCUUCCCACACUUUGUCAAACUACCUUCCAAGCUCCGCUCGCUAAUCUGGUACUUCGCUGCACCAGCACCACGAACCCGUUUCCUUGAACUUCACACCUACAACACCAUCGACCAUACCCCCCGUACACGCUAUAUUCCCCCUCUUCCUCCACUCUUCUCCACAAAUCAAGAAUCCAGAAACCUCAGCAUUGCGCACGAAGGCGGCGAGAUCAUCACCUUCACUUCGAGUGCUUUUACCGCCUUAUUCUCUUUCCAUGGCCGCAAGAUUGGCGAAGCAGAAGAUGGGAAGGAAGGUGAAAAGAGCUUCUACUUCAACUUCAGCCGGGAUAUCCUAUGGUUGAGUGCAAGGUUUACAGCUGCGUGUAAUACCACCGAGACGUUUCGUCUCACAACGCUAUCCUCCAUUCUACCACCUGCCACGCUAUCGCGGAUUGAACGUCUCCUCGUAUCCUACUCUGGACUGGACUCGUACGCACUCAUCGGCCCUGUUUUGCGCCCAUAUGCGCAUCUAGAGACGUUGUAUCUGUGUAUGAAUGACGAGCGGGUUAUAGAAAAGGUGAAGAAGCUGCUGGAUAAAGGUGUACCGGAUGAGGGGGUGACGGCGGAGAAGUUGAGGCGGAUAUUAGAGCAGGCCGAGGCUGAUGAGACGGAUGAUGAUGACGAGAGUGAGGAGAUGGGGAAUGAAAGGUUGGCGGUGAGGGCAAGAAGGAGGGUCCUUGAGGUAGAUCUGAGGUUGGAAGAGUAG